CUGCGCUGGAUCCUUCCACUCGCUCUCGCAGCCGAGCGCGCUGCCCAGUCAAGCAGGCCGGCAGGCCAGGGCGAGGCGCGCCGAGCGCGUCGCUCGAGGCGGAGGAGGCGCGAUGGCUCCGCAGCGGCGGGCGCUGCCCCGCGGCCCCGAGAGCGCCGGGUGGGGAGGCAUUCGCAUGGCGCCGGGCCCGGGAGCGGGUGGUGAGCUCCGAGCCGGCUCCAGGAAGGGCAGACUCCAGCAGGAUCCCCGAGGAACGUGGCUGAAGGCAGCGAUCCUCCUCCUCCUCGCCGCCGCGGCCGGCGGCGGCCUCGUGGUGUGGAGCGGCCUCCGCGGCCAGGACGGGAUCCCCGAGGGUGGAAUCUCCACAGAUGAGAUCCCCGAGGGUGGAAUCCCCGCAGAGGAGGUCCCCGAGGUGCUGGCCCGUCGCGGUGACACCCUGCAGGGCCGGUUCAUGGAGGUGCCCUGCUCGGAGGACUACGGGAGCCAGCGGCGCUUCGCAGGUUGCACUCCUAGGAAGUGUGGAAGAGGUGUGACAGAUGCUGUAAUCACAAGGGAAGAAGCUGAAAGAAUUCGUAGAAUAGCAGAGAGGGGACUGUCCUUGGGAGGAUCUGAUGGAGGGGCAUCAAUUUUGGACUUGCACUCUGGAGCUCUUUCCCUGGGGAAGCAUUUUGUUAAUCUGUACAGGUACUUUGGGGACAAAAUUCAAGACAUCUUCACAGAAGAGGAUUUUGCCUUAUACCGGGAUGUGAGGCAGAGGAUUCAGCAGAGGAUUGCUCAGGUGUUUGGGAUCAGCUCUUCUGCCCUGUACCUGACCAAGCCAACCUUCUUCUCCAGGAUGAACAGCACAGCAGCCAAGACAACACACGAUGAGUACUGGCACCCACACGUGGACAAGGUGACCUAUGGCUCUUUUGACUACACUUCUCUGCUCUAUCUCUCUGACUACUCCAAGGACUUUGGGGGUGGACGCUUCGUGUUCAUGGAUGCAGAUUCCAACAGGACUGUGGAGCCCCGAGCAGGCCGGGUGUCGUUCUUCACCUCGGGCUCGGAGAACCUGCACCGGGUGGAGCGGGUGCGCUGGGGCACGCGCUUCGCCGUCACCAUCUCCUUCAGCUGCGACCCGCAGCACGGCAUCGCCGACCCGCUGCUGCCCUGACCGCCCCGCAGGGCUGCUCUGGGGGGAGAGAGGGGGAAACCAGCUCCUGCCACCACACACGCAGUCAGAGCUGCCCAGCCCUGGGAUCACACCGUCACACCUUGGUUUUUAUGGCUCCUUUUCCAUCGGCGUCGCAAAUGGAGGCUUAAGGACCAUCCUGAGUUUGAUGAUUCUGAAAAUGGUUUGUCUUCAUGUGCCAAGGGAACAGGCUGCAGAGAAGAGAGAACAGGCUCCACAAAGAAGAGAAUGGGCUCCACAAAG